AUGGCCCCGUCUCAGCUGCUUAGCAGGACUCUGGCGGAUCAAGCCGAAGGAGAGGUCCGGAGAAGGCGCCCGAGGAGCGCGGGGAACGAUAUUCGGACCCUCACGGCAAGGCCGCACGCCUCUGUGAGCAACCCAUUCGGCGGAAUUGGCCUUGACCCCAACGCCGACCCUGCCUUGAACGUCCAGAACCCUCAGGAAACCGAGACCGAGACCGAAACCGAGACCGAUACGGAUUCACCAACCUCCUCACCUACUUCCGUUGUAGUCGUUUCCACCCCAGACGCCGUGGUUCCAUCCAUAUCAGCUUCGAUCACGCCAAUUCUAGAAACUGUCAAGUCUUUUUCCACCACAACGGUGUACCCUACCGAAACGCCCUUGCCCGUCUCAGACAAGGAAUUUGGCCCCAAGCAUGAUCCAGACAAGAUCGUCCAAACCAAGAGCGACGCCGCUGCCGAGCAUGUCAUGAUCGGAGGCGCAUUUGUCGGUGUGUGUGUUCUCACUUGGCUUGUGUGGAGGUUCACCAAUGCUCGCAAGAAACGAGGGAGCACGUUGACCACUACGAGCGACGGGUCGUACGGAUCUCCCAGCAAGGGGAGCCUGUCUCGACAAGCGCAACUAGGCAAGCUAUUGGGCGCGAUCCCGUGGCUCAGGGACCGGCCUUUUGCUCAGAAAUGGCACGCGCUCGAAGACGGGCAGCCGGACAUGUCUGAAAAGGAGCGCGAGAACCAGCGCGCGCAAGCUGGGUCAGAAGGGUUCAAUUUCAACUUUGGCGUCCAACAGCCCAGCACCUCGGGCUCCCUGGGCAUGCCUCAACUCAACACGGACGUUGGCCAGGUCCCGUACGCUACGGUCGAAGUCAGCCCGGUCAGCUCGCUUGGGGUGUCCACCUCUCCCAGCCCCUAUGGUAACAUUGACACCAUGCACCCUUCCAAUGCCCCUCGGCCGGCCGUAGUCGCGUCGCACCAGCACCAGGUGUCCAAUGCAUCGGUCGAAGGCCAGUAUGGAACCUGGGUUUACCGGACGAUGCCGGACGGCUCGGCGUCGCAGCCCGGAACGUACGACAUGCAACAACGGCAGGCUUACAGACUGAGCGAGAUUUCGUCGCUCUCGUCGGGCUUUGGGGAUGGCGACAUCAUCAUCCAGCAGUCCUGGCAGGGCCAGGGACUCAUGGCUGGAGCGGUCGCCCCCGCCGGUACCGUACCCCAACCGCCGCCGGCCGCCGCCGCUGCGGUUCCGCAGAACGCGAGGCAGAGCAUGUCGCAAGCAACAGACGCGGGCUGGAGCAGGCGAGAUACGGUCUACACGCAAACGAGCGAAGAUCUCCCACCGCGGUUCCGCAACAUCAACAGUUGGGUCGACCAGCAGAAAGGGCGGAUCCAGCGAGCGGUGACUAGGGCCAAGGACGGGGGCGCGAACCCGAACGGAGGUGUCGAUGACGUCGUACCGCCUGUGCCGGGCCUCCCUGCCGGGACGGGUCCGCAUGGAUUGCCUCCAGAGCCGCAAUAUAAUAUGAUGAUGCCGGAUGGCGAGGUGCCGAGGAGAGUGGAAAUGUGA